AUGAAUAUCUCUACGCUAUUAGUCAGCACUGCGCUAUUGCUAAGUCUGCUGCAAGCAGAAAGUUUUGUCACACCACCAUCCUCUCCAAAUUCAGUCGCCAAUCGACACGGUGCCGUCGCAGUUCAAGAUGGUGGAUCGGAAACUCAAACGCAACAACAAAAACAAAAACAGGAAGAAGAGGAUUAUCUUUGGCAAAUUCGACUCAAUAUUUUCGAAAAGACCAAAACUGUGACUAGUGUCUGUACUUCUGGAACCUUGUGUACCAUGUCCAGUCAUGAAGGCAUUGAAGGGUCUCCCUUUGGUUCCUUUGUCGAUUACGUCUUGGACGAUGAAGGCAAUCCAGUUCUUCUCAUGAACGAAAUGUCCAUGCACACUAUCAAUAUCCAAAAGAAUUCCAUGAAUGUGGCAAACCACGGGGCUACCGUCGAUGGAUCUUCGCUCGUCACGCUCUUUACACAAUUGGCCGCCGACACGGAUUCCAACAACAAGGGACAAGACGUUUCCCGUGUUUCUCUAACCUGCAAGGUGGAAAAGAUCCCCGACGAUGCCGAAGAUAUGGCUGUCAUUCGCAUGAGAUAUUCUCUGGCGCAUGCCUACGCCGACCAAGUCAUGGACUCUCCCAAGUUUGCCUUCUACCGAUUACUCCCCGAAAAGAUUUACUUUGUCGGAGGAUUUGGUGUCAACUCCAAAUGGGUUGACGUCGAAGACUACAAGACCGCUUCGCCUGACAUCCUUGCCAAGGAAGCCAACAGCAUUGUCAAGAAACUGAACCGCGAAUUCAAGAACGACCUUACCCUCAUGGCCACGCAGUUGCUGGGAGUACAAAACCUGCAAAAUAUCCGCGUCACCAAUGUGGACCGAUUGGGCAUGGACGUUCGGGUGACUUCUCAAAUGGGAACUCGCCGGAACAAGCUCAUGACGGACGAAUUUCGCAUUGGCUUUCGAAUUCCCGUCAUUUCGGUGGAAGAUGCCAAGUCGGAAGUUCUAAAGGUCUUUCAAGAGUCCUGGGAAAAGGCCAAUAACAUUAGCUGGGGCGAAGAUACAGAGACACCGGGAUCAACGGUUCCUAUCAUGAAGAUUGCGGCAGAUGGUUUGGAGUAA